ACCUCACAUUGUUUUUUUUUAAGAAACGUAACAGAACAUCAGCCUUUCAAGUUAGAUUUGCUGUUUUUUUUUUUCAACGUAUUUCGCUGUGUGUUCUUGAACGCCCCCUGGCUACGGUAUAUAUUUGCUGAAGAGUCGCGGUUCCCCAGCACUGAUCGGCUGGUGGUCGGACGGCAUGGCAGGAAGAGCGUUGACGCGAGGUGUGAGCCGACUUUUACUGGGGGCGUCAGAAAACAGCGUCGCAGUCGGACGGACGCAUCGGCGUCACUGGACGGCUUUAAAAAGAAGCGUCACGCCUCUGACCAAUGGACGCGUCGCCUGCCUCCUGGGGAUUCCUGCCCUGUCCUGUCUGGGUUAUGGCGCUUAUCACAGGGUGCAGAGUUCAGCCGUGGUGCACGCUUUAGGGAAAGACGAGGUUCUGGAGCAGGCGGAUUACCUGUUCAGCUGUGCUGAGACGGAGAAGCUCUACCAACUGCUGCUGCAGUACAAGGACAGUGACGACGCGGACUUCCUGUGGAGGCUGGCCCGCACGUGUCGCGACAUGGCCCUGCUCCCCGGUACGGCGGCCGACCGGAAGAAGCAGCUGGCCUUCGACGGGUUCGAAUAUGCCAAGAAAGCGCUGGAGAGGAACGACAAUUGCUUCGCAGCGCACAAAUGGUUCGCUGUGUGUCUCAGCGAUAUCGGGGAUUAUGAGGGGGUCAAGGUCAAGAUUGGAAACUCCUACAUCAUCAGGGAGCAUAUGGAGAGGGCCGUGGAGCUCAACCCCAGAGAUGCCACAUCCCUCUACAUUUUGGGCGUCUGGUGCUUUUCCUUUGCUGAGCUUCCUUGGUAUCAACGCAAAGUGGCAGCCGUCAUUUUCUCCUCACCCCCCACUUCCACCUAUGAGGAGGCUUUGGAAUUCUUCCUUAAAGCUGAAGAAGUUGAUUCCAACUUCUACAGUAAAAACCUGCUGAUGCUGGGGAAGACCUACAUGGCCAUGAAGGACCGGGAGAAAGCUCUGCAGUGGUUGACCAAAGCUAAGGAGUACCCUGCUCACACACUGGAAGACAAAGAGGUCCACAAAGAAGCCAUCGACCUCCUGAAGCAGCUGGGCUGAAGCUCUGCCACUGACUGGCAUAUGAUGCCUUUAAUGAGGACUUUUGGACCAUUAAUAAUUUGCUAACAAAAUGUCUUGAUGGAAUGAAUGUGCACAUAUAUUCACGCAUCAGGUUGUUCACUGAUACUGGGAAAUGUGGAAUUUGAGGUUUUAAUGCAACUUAAUGUUAAACCAUUUCACUCUUUGUCAAAAAUACUUCAGUCACUGUCACUGUGAUGUCGGGCUGUCAGGUGUUGCCUGACAGUGUAAAGCGUGUCUCCUUGUUCCUUCCUGUCAUUGUAGGAUCUCUCUCACAUGCACUCGAGUCUAUGGACAGUCUGGGUGAUUUUUUUUUUUAUUUUUAUCCCCCCCCCACAGGUUCUCUUGAAGGCCAAUAAAAGACUAUUACUAUCAUUA